GUAUUGUUGUUUAAAAUACAUAUAUAUUUAUUCGUGUCAAACCGGAAUCAUGUUUAGUGAUUGAUUGUCCGGUCGGGAAUAUUUUGUGGUUACACCCGACGUCAAUUCGCCGGAGUGCUCAUCUGUGCUGAAUACUAAAAAGCUCUGUGCGCUCUACGUUAGUGCGCUACAUUGUAUAUGACGGCAAGGUUGAUACGCCCUACGUAGUGCACUAGUUAUAGAAAAACAAACGCAUUUGGGAUACAGCCCGUUUGCUUCGUUCUAUUUCAGAGCACUGCCUCCUGCAUCUCUCAGCAUCCUUUCAAAUUGAACUCGUUUCCAUUUUUAAACCCAAGCCAAUGAGUAAUAAAUUUAAUAAAUGUUAGAAUGUGAUUUUGUUCAGGCGGUGUUCAAAGGUUCCAUGCUCAAAUACAAUAAUUUGGCCAGAUCAGGCUGGAAGUGAGUGAGCGUCUCCUCAUGGGCAGCGUGUUGGCCUUGUCAUCUCGCCCUGGGCGUCAGAAUUCCCCUUUCCCCCAGGACAGACCCCUGUCGAGGUGGGACAAGAGGGAUGGAAGACUUCCAAACCCAGGCAGCUUUGACGGCCUUCAUCGGAGCUGCAAAGACGUGUUUCCACAGCAGGUUGAAGGCGUGAAAAUGGUCAUAAACAAAACCCUAAGCAGCUUUUUCAAGGUCAGCCAUACGUUUCAAAUCAGCGCUGUGGCUCCAUCGACGUACCGCUUCCAUGUCGAGUACCUACAAUCAGACACAGACUGCAAAGACACUGGCUCGCCCAUGCUCAUUGGGGAAAUGGACUCAUCUGGCAGCCUGAACGCACACUCUUUAUUCCACCUGAGCGAGCGAAUACGAGCCAAAGCUGUAUUCCAGACUGUGCAGUCGCAGUUUGUCACGUGGCAGUUUGAGACCGAAUACCGAGGCAGCGACUUCACGGCCGCCGUCACCAUGGCCAACCCGGACAUCUUUAGAGAAUCUGUUAUCACGGUGGCGCACUUCCUCCAGAGUGUCUCUCCACAGCUGGUUCUCGGAGGAGAGUUGGUUUACCACCGAGGGCGAGCUGAAGAAGGCGGGAUCCUCACCCUCGCUGGACAAUACUCAGGUCCCAACUGGGUCGCCACGUUGAAUGCUGGUAAAGGAGGUGCCCAUGCCAGCUAUUAUCAUAGAGCCAACAAGCAGAUCCAGGUCGGAGUGGAGUUUGAGGCCAGCACUAGAACCCAGGAGACCAAGUUCUCUUUUGGCUACCAAAUGGAUUUACCCGAAGCCAACAUGGUCUUCAGAGGUAUGCUGGACAGCAGGUGUAUCAUCGGGGGUGUUCUGGAGAAGCGCCUGUGUCCUCUUCCGGCUACGCUAAUCAUGGGAGCCUUCGUCAACCACAGAGGAGACAAGCUGCAAGUCGGCCUCGGCGUGAACGUCGGCUAGAUGUCUAAAUGGAAAGUUCCAGAAGUAUCCUCAGGUCUGUCUAAAUGACUGGUUCAUCACAGCUCAAGGCUAACUGAAAGAAAUAAUGGAUUCUGAGUCCAAACGGAGAAACACUUCUAUGUCGGUGCUGCCCUUCCUCAUACUACGACACGUCUGCCACCUCAAAAGACCUUUUUUGAUCCUAACCUCGACAGGAUAAUGACCGGAGAAGAAACCGACUAAUUACUAAAGACAUAUGCAGUUUUAAACACGCAGCAUUAUCGUUUGAUUCAUUAUGCAUUCAUCUGCAAACUGCUGUGGUAGAAGAAGAUAAAAAAAUAAAAAAGAAGCACUUCAGGACGUGCUGUUAUUUCCGACGUUGGUUCCUAGAACCGCACGUCCCGUUGUGUUUAUUCCGUACUUAUGCUAUUAUCACAAUUUCUGCGAACCUUAUCCAAUAGGCAGCAAAGCAAACUGAACCACUGUAAGUCUAGAGAGAUCCACAUGCAGGCAACAAGUACAGGGUACUUUUGAAGUGUUCAUGAUAUCGAUAUUGUGCUGAAUAUUGGAAUAUAUUGUACAACCAAUUAUCGGCACAUCCUCAUAUUGUACACUUGCACAUAUUUAUUUUUAUUCUGGCUCCUUUUCCUUUAAAUUAUGCACCAUUGGAAAUCUAGUAAAACACCUAGAAUCAAUGUAAUUAAGUGAUGAAAAGAACGUUUAGGCUAGUAAAGAUAAUAAGCUGGAAAGGCUUCCAAUAGUUAUGCAUUUAUUAUAUACAGUCGAUUCCAGAAAUAUUGGCAUCCUUCAAGAGAAUGCGCAAAAACGAUGGUAUAACAUAAACAUUACACAUUACUACAAGUUUCACCAGUUCCUCCACUACAAAUAAAAAGAAGAAAUACGCAGCAAAAUCUUGAACACCCCUAAAGUGCAUUUAAUUCAAAUUAUUUGUCGUCCUACGGUUGGAAUCGUGUAUUGUGAUGAGACCAGACGAGACUGAAAUCAAACUGUUUGACCAUGUAAGGAGUUACGAACGUCCUCUUUUACAGUAUAUACUGUAAACUAUGGCGGUGGAGCAUGGAGCUGUUUUGGGAAGAUUAGUGACAUGAAUUCUGUACCAGGAUCAGCUCAAAGCAAAGCCUGGUUGCCUUUGCUGGGGGGUUAAAACUUAACAAUCAUCACAAAAAAUUGUUAAAAAAUCCGUUAUAGCAGCACAAAAUCUUUUACAACGACCAUCUCAGUGUCAGGAUUUGAUCCCUACUGUGGUGUGAAUCGAAGAGGGACGUCCAUGUGCAAAAACUUCAGAAUAUAAAGGAGUUAUAUUACAGGAAGGGUCGGCUUUAAGGUUGUGUAUGUGUGUGUGUGUGUGUGUGUGUGUGUGUGUGUGUGUGUGUUGGGGGUCUGGGCUUUUUAGUUGUGUUGAAACAAAACUAUGCAGCAUCUAUAUAGGUUUAAACUCAAAAUAGCCCAUAUGCAUAUUUAUUUAUUUUUACUGAGGGUGCCAAUAAUUUUGGAGCUGACUCUAUGAAAAGGAUUUUUUUUUUUUUUUUUUUUUUCGAAAUCUGUCGUUGAAUUUGAAUACAUUACUAUGAAGAACAUGAUGUAUUAAUGCAUUACACUGUGGUGGUCCUGCUAUCCCAUAUGCAUAGAAUUUAACCCGCGCUGACCGUAUACAGUGAUUUAUUUAUUGAUGAAUUGAUCUAUUCUGCAUCUCAGAUUUUUGGCUGCUAGCCCGCAUAAACUGAAUUGACCAUGACUAGCAUUGUCCUCGUUAACCUAGAGUUUCUAUUUCUAAGUGAA